UUGUUUUAUACUGAUUUUAAGGAUAUUUUGAGAAUUAUGCCAUUUUUAUUUCCAUUAAAGAUCUUGAUUUAAUUUGUUAAAAUAUGAGGAUAAUUCAACAGUAUGUUAGAGAAUUGCUAUCUUCAGCAAUAUCUAAAUGUUCAACCAGUGAAAUAGUCCAAGAAUUCGCUAAACAUCCUAACGUUUCUGUCGCAAAACCAAAAUUCGGAGACUACCAAUGGAGUGAUGCUUUGUCGCUGUUUAAAGUGGCAAAAGAUCACUUAUCUGUAAAUAGCCCUCAAGAACUGGCUGAAAUGGUCAAAAGUAACAUCACUUCCAAUUCAUUUUCAUCAAUUAAUGUUUCACCUCAAGGAUUUAUGACAUUUGUACUAUCUAAUGACUGGAUUGAACAAGAAAUCAGAUCACUAGCAAAAUAUGGACCAUCAGUAGAUAAAUCCACAAAAAAACAUGGAGAAACAGUUGUGAUUGAUUUCUCAUCACCAAAUAUUGCUAAAGAAAUGCAUGUUGGCCACCUAAGGUCCACAGUUAUCGGGGAUUCACUAGCCCGAGUUUUGGAAUUUUUUGGAUAUAAAGUAAGGAGAAUAAAUCAUUUGGGAGAUUGGGGAACACAGUUUGGGAUGUUGAUAGAGUAUAUGUUUGAGAAGUAUCCAGACUUUGUGAGUAACAUGCCAAGCAUAAGUGACUUUACAAAGUUCUACAAAGAGGCGAAGUUGAGGAUGGAUGUUGAUGAGGAGUUUAAGAAGAAGAGCCGUUCCAGAGUAGUUAAACUCCAAUCAGGAGACGAAGAGUCUAAAUUAGUCUGGAAAGUACUCUGUGACAUUAGUCUCGACUCGUUUAACAGGAUUUACAAGAGACUUGACAUUAAAUUUGAAAUUUUCGGAGAGUCUUUUUACAAUGACAUGAUCCCUGAAAUUGUCAAAGAUUUACAGGACAGAGGAAUCGCUCAAGAGUCAGAAGGUGCUCUAGUUAUCUUCACCGAUGGUUCUCCAGUACCUCUAAUGCUUGUUAAAAGUGAUGGCGGGUUUGGCUAUGAUUCCACAGAUAUGGCAUGUCUUAGAUACAGAACCCACGAACUUAAAGCUGACUGGAUUAUUUACGUCACUGAUAUCGGACAGUCUGAACACUUUCAAAAACUUUUCAAGUCAGCACAACUCGCAGGUUGGUGUGAGAAUGUGAGAAUUGAUCACGUUGGAUUUGGAAUGGUCCAGAAUGAACUUGGUGAGAAGUUUAAAACAAGAUCAGGCGAUACUGUUAAACUUGUUGACUUAUUAGAUGAAGCUGUUCGGAGGUCUAAACUGGAAUUAGAAAAAAGAGAUCCAAACAUUCCAAAUUUGGAUGAGGUGGCUGAGGCGUUGGGAUAUGGUUCAGUUAAGUAUUUUGAUUUAAACCAUUCGGUGACUACAAAUUACAAGUUCUCAUUUGAUAAGAUGCUUGACCCGCGUGGAAACACUGCAGUGUACAUGUUCUACUCGUACGCAAGAAUAUGCCAGAUUUUCAAAAAAGCAGAAUCUAAAACUGCUGAUGGUACAGAAACUAACAAUGUAGAAACCAGUGAUAAUAGACCAGUGAUAGUGGAGGAUAGCGUGGAAGUUAAUGGGACAAGUUCAGUACCAAAUGAGGUUGACUUGAGUAAAUUAGUGAUAGAACACCCAACUGAAGUAGCUCUGGCCAAAUGCCUCCUAAAAUUCCCUUCCAUUCUAGACCAAAUACAUAAAGACCUAGCCAUUAACAGGUUGACGGAUUAUUUGUAUGAGCUGAGCGUCCAAUUUUCAUCGUUUUAUACGAAAUGUAAAGUAGUUGGGGACCCCCUGCAAGAAUCAAGAUUAAUAUUGUGCUCAUGCACCAAAGAAGUCAUGAGAACUUGCUUCCAGCUUAUUGGAAUUAGGCCACUGGAGAGAAUUUAAUUUGGUAAAUAAAAC